CACGUGCCCAUACCACAUUCUCAAAAAUGACCACCCCAGACAUCCACAGCACCUCCGAGGAGUUGGGCAUCGUAGAGCUCUAUGGAGCUCCUAUCUCGACCUUCACUCGGACCAUAUCCCUCGCAAUGCACCAUCUCAACCUACCUUACAUCGCCAGGCAACAUCUUCCCCACACCCCUCAAGUACGAGAACACAAUCCGCUCGGCCUCAUCCCCGUCCUGAUCCACCGACCCCACGCUCCCUUUGACCUAAACAAGGACGUGGUAGUCCUCUACGAAAGCGCCGCCGUCAAGUCUUACCUCGAUGACGCUCUCGCUGGAAUUGCCGCUGGGAGACGCCAUGGUAGUGCUUCUCCUCCUCCCCUCACGCCACCUUUGGAUCGGGCUCACCUGGUCACUUCUUCCCACACUCGCGCCACGGUGAGCCAGAUCAGCUCACUCGCAGCCACUAGCGUCUUCCCUGCCCUUGAACCCAAGUUGAUCAAGGUACGACAGGCAAUGGAGGGGAAUGGUGCCGAUGAGGAGUCGAUCAAGGUUGCGCUCGAGGAGGGAAUGGAAGGAGCCAGGAGCGCACUGCACAUCCUUGAGGGAUUCUUGGAGGAGAAUGCGAAGAAGCAAUCUUCGGGACCACUUUACUUUGUAGGCAAUACGCCUACCUGGGCGGACUUGUAUGUUUACCCCAUCUUAGCUGAUCUGGCUGCCACACCAGAGGGAAAGACACUGCUGGACCCUAAUGGCAAGGCGCCCAAGGUCGCCGCUUGGGUACAGCACUUUGCUGGUCUGGACAUGGCAAAGAAGACGUACCCGGGUAGCGUGCCUGACCUCAGGAAACAGGAGGGCAAAGCAGGCCAUCAGUAAGGGCAAAUGAAGAAGCGAAGUAUGCCGGAUUGGACAGUGAAAGUGGGAUAUAACAACAUGAGAAUCAGGCGCGUCUUCACCUGACGUAUGUACAUGGAAUCUGAUUGCCUAUGAAAUACAAAUGUGACCCCUCCCGCCCGUCC